UUAAAAUCCUGCUUUGUCCUUUUUGCUUCAUCUUCAGGAGCUCUCUGUUGACAGUUUUCACACCAGCGUUAACGAACCAAUCAGAACGUGUGAAGACACCAGAGUUCACUGAACCACAACAAACAGAGAGCCAAGAUGAGGAAGGCAGACCUCCUUAACCUUCUGGAAGAUUUAACAGAUGAUCAAUUUGAGAAGUUCAAGUGGCACCUGGAGAGAGAAAAGUUGGGCGAUAUCGAACCCAUCAAAAAGAGCCAGCUGGAGAAAGCAGAGAGGAGAGACGUGGUGGAUCUGAUGGUGCAGAAAUAUGAACCUGCUGGAGCUGUGGAGGUGAUGAAGAGCGUUUUAAAGAACAUCAACAGGAAUGAUCUGGUGAAGAAGUUAUCAAACAUCAGCUCACGAUCAGAAGGAGCAGUGGGCAGUGGCACUGACAGGAGUAUCAACCCUAACACAGAUGUUUCUGAUGGUGGGAGUAAACCAGAGCAACCAGCAGAAGCUGCUGUGGCCCUGAAGGAGCAGAAGUGGUCAAACACACUCAUCCCAACAACAGAAACCUUCUGGAAGAAGAAACAGAAUGAUGAUGUUUACGCUGCGACCAAAAAAUCCAUCCAGAAGCGUGUGGCUCUGCUAAUCACUAACAUAGAGUUUGAGAAGAUGGAAAACAGAAGCGGUGCAGAGAAGGAUGAGCAGGACAUGGAGACACUGCUCACAGCGCUGAACUAUGAGGUUGUGAGAAAAAGAAACCGCACUGGUCAGGAGAUUGAAGAAGAUGUAAAGGAGUUCUCCAACCAUAAAAAUCUGAAAGACACAGACAGUGUGUUUGUGGUUAUCAUGUCUCAUGGGGACCAGAACACUGUCCAUGGUGUCAACAUUAAUGGGAAUCAACAGGACACAGAACAGAAGUUCCCCAUUAAAAACAUUUUCACACACUUGAACACAGUGAAUUGUCCAAAGCUGAGGAACAAACCCAAGAUCAUCAUCAUCCAGGCCUGCAGUGGAGACGAGAAGGGAUCUGUGUUUGUUACUGAUCAAGCAACAGCAGCUGUGGUCAGUGAUAAUACACAAGAGCCAUACCUAUCACUGUUUUAUGGUGAGGAAGACAUUCAGGCUGAUUUUUUGCGACAUGCACACAAAGAAAAACACUUCAUAUGUUUUCGCUCUUCCACUCCCGGUACUGUCUCAUAUAGAUCUUCAGUCACUGGGUCUGUUUUUAUCCAGUGUAUCGUUGAAAUACUGAACACCUUCGCACAUAAGGAUCACAUUGAGAAACUUUUCAGAAAAGUCAUGCAACGCUUUGAGAAGUUUUCAGUUUGGACCAAGAAGAGAGGAGAAGAUACACAGAUGCCAACCAAAGACAGAGUCAGUCUGUUUAAGGAGUUCUACCUCUUUCCCGGCCUUUGAGACAGGAUCCAGCAUUGUAGCAACACUGGUCAUUGGACUUUGUUGCCAUGCUUCAUUCAUUUAAAUGUAUUCCUUCAUUCAACUAUUCUUGCAGUGCCUUUU